UGUCUUUGGGUGUAUGGAAAUGCGUUUUGUGUUUUGAUGUCAGGGAUGUCAUUCAGUGUACCAUGAUCACACACCAGAUCCUACUGAGAGGGGCAGCCCAGUGCUACCUUCUUCAAACAGCAAUGAAUUUGGUGGAUGUGGAGAAAGUGUCACUUUCAGAUGUCUCGGCUUUUCUCAUGUCUUUGAGACAAGAGGAGUCCUUGGGACGAGGGACUUUAUUGUGGACAGAGCUCUGUGACUGGUUACGUGUAAAUGAAAGCUAUUUUAGGCAGUCCUCAAAUUGUACCUCUGUUGGACUUCAUGAAACAUCUUUAAAUGCUUAUGUGAAGAACCUAGUUCAGGAAUAUGUUAAGUCACCUGCUUGGGAAACAGGAGAAAACUGCGUCAUGCCGGAUUGGUUUGAAGCCAAGCUUAUUGCUUUGAUGGUCUUGCUGGCAGUGGAUGUGGAAGGAAUGAAGACUCAAUAUAGUGAAAAGCAGCGGACACAGAAUGUGUUGAGAAUCUUCUUAGACCCUCUUCUGGACGCCCUGAUGAAGUUUGGUACAAACGCCUACGUGCCCUUGCCAAAGACUGACAGAUGCCUCCAGCUUCUGCUGAAGUUACUGCACAUGUGCAUGUCGAAAGGUCCCAGGACCCAAGAUGGUGAGGAUAAAAGGUUUCUGUUGGCGUCUUGCUUGGUAUGUCAUUGGUAUUUAGAAUGA